AUGGAAUUGAGAGAAGCUCUAGAAAAUCAUUUUGAAUUUACGCCAGUAUCAUUCAUCAACGACGUAAUUGAUUCGGUGAAUAAAGUGAUUUAUCAAGCUGCUUACAAGUUUAAUCGAUAUGCCACCAGCGAAGCGAAGGCAUUGAAAAUCCCAGAUAAAAACAUAAAAUCGGGCAUAUGUCAAUUAAUAACAAGUCUCGAGUCGUCGGUUGACUGUAAUUUCGACGUGUUUGAACUGUAUGUCGCAAGAAAUAUAUUCACCAUUUUCGAUGAUGUUCCAGUUGUAUUUACAUACAGUAAACACGUCGAUAUAAGCACCGAAGAAGAUCAAGAAGACGCUGUUGAGGAACAACUAGAUUCUUUAAGAAAGAAAAUAAUUGCCAAAAAGGCUAUGAAUCACAUGUUAAAGCAAGAGAUUAAAAAGAGCAACUAUAAAAUUCGAAAAUACGAGCAAUGGAAACGGCAACUUCCCGACUUUAUGACAAAGCGUGGAGGCUGUCAUCUCUUGGAUUUAUUAAACGUUCUCGUAACAAAUCGGCAGAAAGUAAGAUCAUUAGCCAACUCUACCAAACUUCUCAUAGCCUCGAAUAUGCUCAAGCCUGAUUAUCGUGGAGAAUAUAUUAGUCGUAUUGUUACAGGAGAGAUUAGAAAACUAAGACAUAAAGUGAGGAUUGCCGACAUAGUGGAGAAGAAGCGUAAUGGAUGUAAGAAAUAUAAGGAUGAUGGAUUUGAAUGUGGAAUUUGGUAUAAAAUAUUGGUCCCUAUGAACCACAUGAUUGAAGCGACCUUACGCAGAUCCGACACCAAAAGAAGACACAUAAUGAAGAAGAAGUACAAGACCAAAUUUCCAGUGGCGAGAAUCAAGAAAAUUAUGCAAAUGGACGAAGACGUUGGCAAAGUAGCUCAGGCUACGCCGGUUUUAAUCUCAAAAGCGUUAGAGUUGUUCAUGCAAUCGCUUAUUGAUCAAGCGUGUCAAGAAACUCGAUCGCGAGAUGCAAAACGGAUAACUGUAGCUCAUCUUAAAAAAACAAUUAUGAAGACGGAACAGUUUGACUUUCUUAAAGACGUAGUGAUAAAUAUACCGGAUCCGGUUGAACCGCAUGAACAUGAAAAUUCAAACACAAAUAAGUCAGACCCAAGUAAGGGUGAUGAUCCCAACAAUCCACAACCAAAGAAGAGGAGGCGAAGGCGAAAGUAA